CUGUAUAUAGUCUUGCAUGUCAAAAAUUUGCGACUGCGGUGAUGUUGAAGGUUAAGUGAACGGUGAAUAAACAAGUUACUGCUGUAAAACAUGGACAAGGCACAGUUUACUUUUGAGGAUAAAUGGCCAUAUAUGCGACCAAUCAUAUUGAAACUACUCAAGCAAGAGGCAGUUACGCAAACAGAAUGGCAGGAUUUAUUUUAUUCAGUCCAUGUGUGUUUGUGGGAUGAUAAAGGGCCACCAAAAUUACGCGAUGCUUUAAAAGAAGAUAUAAUGGAUUUUAUACAACAAGCUCAGCAGAGAGUUUUAGCACAUCAAGAAGAACAAGCUUUACUAAAAGCAUAUAUAGCUGAAUGGAGGAAAUUUUUUACUCAAUGUAACUAUCUACCAACACCAUUUAGACAAUUAGAAACGUAUCUUGCAGGAAAAACUGGCACCACUCACAAAAGAAAUCAACCAGAUGAUAUUGUUAGAAAGCUAAUGUUGGAUAGUUGGAACCAAAGUAUAUUCAAUGAAAUAAAACAAAGACUUCAGGAUGCUGCUAUGAGAUUAGUGCGAGCUGAACGGAAUGGUGAAGCAUUUGAUUCCCAGCUUGUUAUCGGUGUCAGAGAAUCUUAUGUAAACUUGUGUUCAAACCCAGUGGAUAAGCUUCAGAUAUAUAGGGAAAAUUUUGAAGCGGCAUACGUGCAAGCUACAGAGGCAUUUUAUUGGGUAAAAGCACCAGAAUACUUAUCCAAACAUGGUGUAGAAAAUUACAUGCGUUAUGCCGAUGCAAAAUUGAGAGAAGAAGAAUUGCGCGCUCAGAAAUAUCUUGAGCCAAACACCGCGAGUAUGCAGCGAUUAACGGACUGUUGUGUCAAAGUGUUGGUCGCGACCUUUACACCCGCUAUACUCGCGGAGUGCCCACGAAUGAUUCAACACAAUCAAACUGAUAAACUUCGUCUCAUGCUGAAGUUAAUGGACAGAGUGCCCGAUGGCGUUGGUCCGAUGUUGAAAAAUCUCGAAGACCAUAUCGCGAGCGCGGGUCUGGCAGAUAUGAUGGCAGCUGUAGAUGUUAUUACCCAAGAUUCCGAGAAAUAUGUAGAAAGACUGUUAGAGCUAUUCCAUAGAUUUUCGACGCUCGUUAAAGAGGCGUUCGAUGAUGAUCCGCGGUUUCUUACAGCACGCGACAAAGCUUAUAAGCUCGUAGUCAAUGACGCCUCAGUGUUUAAGUUAGAAUUGCCUACUCGACAGAGUUCUGGCAUCGGUGGCACGUCUGUUUUAAACAAUAGACCUAUUACUAAUAAUAACGGAUUAGCCGAGUCGAAGUGUCCGGAACUCCUCGCGAAUUUCUGUGAUAUGCUUCUUAGAAAAACGCCUCUCAGUAAAAAACUAACUACUGACGAAAUCGAAAGUAAAUUGAAAGAUGUGUUGUUGGUGUUGAAAUACGUUCAGAACAAAGACGUAUUUAUGCGUUAUCACAAGGCACAUUUAACUAGACGGUUAAUAUUAGACACGACCACAGAUUCGGAAAAGGAAGAGAACAUGGUAGACAUGCUUCGCGAAGUCGGUAUGCCUGCCGACUUUGUUAAUAAAUUAGCCCGUAUGUUCCAAGACAUUAAGGUAUCUCAGGAUUUGAAUCAGCAGUUCAAGGAGCAGUGUCGUGCCGCAAUUGCAGAUAGCAUAAAUAUUAAGAUUCUCAAUGCGGGCGCAUGGGCAAGAGGUAGUGAGCGAGUCACCGUGAGUUUACCGCUUCAAUUGGAAGAUUAUAUUCCCGAGGUUGAAGAAUUUUACAAAAAGAAACAUAGCGGAAGGAAAUUGCAAUGGCACCAUCACAUGUCGAAUGGAACGAUAACAUUUGCAAAUAAAGUAGGACGUUUUGACAUAGACGUGACUACAUUUCAAAUGGCAGUUUUAUUUGCUUGGAAUCAAAGACCCAACGAAAAGAUCUCAUACGAGAAUCUCCGAUUGGCCACCGAGCUUCCGGAUCCCGAACUGAGACGAACUCUGUGGUCUCUGUGUGCCUUCCCGAAGUUGAAACGGCAACUCCUUUUGGUGGAGCCGCAUGCGGCUACUCCAAAAGAUUUUGCGAACGACACGAGAUUUUGGGUGAAUCAAGAAUUCGCUAUUGUGAAAAACGGCAAAAUGCAAAAACGGGGAAAAAUCAACUUAAUAGGACGUCUUCAAUUGUCAACGGAACGUAGCAGAGAAGAAGACAACCAGUCUAUUGUACAGCUCAGAAUAUUACGAGUACAAGAAGCUAUCAUUAAAAUUUUGAAGAUGCGCAAAAAGAUCACAAAUGCGCAAUUGCAAACGGAACUUGUGGACAUACUGAAAAAUAUGUUUUUACCAAGCAAAAAGAUGAUAAAGGAACAGAUCGAAUGGCUCAUUGAACAUAAAUAUAUUCGCAGGCACGACGAUGACAUUAAUACAUUUGUGUAUAUGGCAUAACACGGAAUUUUUUUUUUAUAUACAUACAAGAUUGUUCUCCCUCUCGAGCUAUGGUUAAUAUUAUAUUUUUAUAAACACAAAAGAACGUUCGGUUUUCUCAUACGUGCGAGGAUAUAUAUGUACAUAUAUAUUCGAUUCGCUAUACCGCGUGAUUAUGUUUUACCUUCGUUUUUUUGUAAUACAGUGCAGAGAGUAGCGAUCCUUCUCUCAAUUAGAAUCUUGACACAAAACGCGUGUCGGUAGAGUAAAUUUUAUACUGCUUCCUCCCGAGACAACUGCCCGAUUAUUAUGAAUAAAAUGAAAUGUAUAGAAAAAAAAAAAGUGGAGUGUCGCAAUAAUAAGAACUUGUGUACAAUGUACAGUAUUGUACUACAAUGAGAAUAGCAUUUGUCAUUUAUAUCUCUCAUUCUCUAGAUUACUUUAAUUAGAUUAAAAAAACCGGAUUAAAUGAAAAAAAAAAAAAAA